CUUUUCACUUAAACAAUUAUUCUCUCUCCUAAAAGCAAGAUUAUGAAUUGUUAACGUUCCACUCUCACAUAUCCACAUGGCAUUGAGAGCUACAGAGAUUUCUGAGCUGCAUCAUUUCUAUGUAAAGCCCACGAUUUCUCCCACUAGGAGGAAGACUCAGAGAGCACUGCAGGCGAUGGGGAAGCCGGUGAAGUUCGAGGGUAUCACUGAGGAGCUCCAGAAGAUUCUGGAUGCUGACAUGGACCAAGUGGGUCCCAGGCGUCGUGCUCGUGAGGCCUUCAAGCACAUGCAGCUCUCCAUUGAUCAUAUCUUGUUUAAGAUGCCAUGCGACAGGUUGAAGAUGACAGAGUCGUAUGAUGUGAAUUCCAGAGGGUUGGAAAUUUUCUCGAAAAGUUGGGUUCCAGAUAGCAGGUCCCCAAAGGCAGUGGUCUGUUAUUGUCAUGGUUAUGGCGAUACAUGCACUUUUUUCUUUGAAGGAAUUGCUAGAAAGUUAGCAUCUUCUGGCUAUGCCGUUUUUGCUAUGGAUUACCCAGGAUUUGGUCUGUCAGAAGGUCUACAUGGCUACAUUCCGAAAUUUGACCUAAUCGUUGAUGAUGUCAUUGAGCAAUACUCUAAGGUGAAAGAGAAUCCAGAGUUUCGUCUUUUGCCAAGUUUUCUGUUUGGGCAAUCUAUGGGGGGAGCAGUAGCCCUCAAGGUGCACCUAAAACAACCCGAUGCUUGGAAUGGUGCAGUUCUUGCUGCACCUAUGUGCAAGUUAGCAGAUGAAAUGGUUCCCCCGUGGCCAUUGGAUCAAAUUCUAAUUGGACUCGCGAACCUAUUUCCAAAGCAAAAGCUUGUCCCACAAAAGGACUUAGCCGAGUUGGCGUUCAAAGAUGUGAAGAAGCGACAACAGACUGCCUACAACGUCGUUGCUUACAAGCAUAAGCCUCGGUUAAGAACAGCCGUGGAGUUGCUGAGGACAACGCAAGAAAUCGAGCAACAAUUGGAUAAGGUGUCUCUGCCACUACUGAUCCUGCACGGGAAGGACGACAAAGUGACGGAUCCAUCAGUGAGCAACGCAUUAUACGAGAGAGCCAAGAGCCAAGACAAGACGCUCAACCUGUACGACCACUCCUUCCACUCCCUGCUCGAGGGAGAGGCCGAUGACAUCAUACUCAAAGUCUUCAACGAUAUUAUAGAUUGGCUCGACAAGCACUGCUAAGCAAGGCCUCCCUGUCUUGUGCUUCGGCUAAAACAGCAUUCCGGUAUUCGUUUAAGGUACUCGUAGAGUUGCAAGAAAGAAUUUUUAGACUCUCAGACUGCAGAAAACCAAAUGAAUUUGCAAGAUAUUUUCAUUCUUGAAUGCAUUUUACACACGAAAAACACGUGAUUUAUUGUUGCUAUGUUAGGUGCAUUUCCAUCUCUC